AUGCCAAAGAUCAAACCUGUUUUCCUAAAAGAAUUGGGGAGCAGUUUAUGGAACCAAGAAAUGGAUUACGAUGUUACUGACGAAACACUAAGACACGACAGGCAGUACAGCCUACUUAAUGCUGAGCAACGUGCAAUUUACGAAUCAGUCUUAGACUCUGUUGAUAAAAGGAUGAAAUGUAUAGCUGCAUUGCUCCUGCCUAACGGGAGAACAUCUCAUUCUCGCUUUAAUAUUCCUUUAAAGCUCUCUGAAGAUAAGCUCUGCAACAUCAAACCAUGUACAAUGCUGGCCGAACUAAUCGAGAAAACAGACCUCAUAAUUUGGGAUGAGGCACCUAUGACUUAUAAGCAUGCUUUCGAAGCACUAGACAAAACGUUGAAGGACAUAAUGUCUAAGAAAAAUCCACCCGCAAAGGAUCAGACUUUUGGCGGCAAGACAGUUUUGUUAGGUGGUGAUUUUAGACAGAUCUUGCCAGUAAUUCCACAAGGGAAUAGAGCUGAUACUGUCAUAGCUUCAAUAAGUCAUUCAUAUCUAUGGGAUAGCUGCCAUAAGUUCUCUUUGAAAACAAAUAUGCGAGUCAAUCAAGACGAGAAGGAGUUCUCUGAGUGCCUUCUCAAAGUCGGGGAAGGUCGCACACAAUCAGUACAAGAAGAUGAGGAUGAUGGCUACCAUGAACAGAUGAUAAUUGUCGACAACUCACUGAAGAUAAAGGCCUCCCGAAGCUCCUACACUGAUAGAGCUAUACUCACACCUCGAAAUGAAACAGUCGAUGAGAUCAAUGCAUACACAAUCUCCAAAACUGACGGGAAGUCAAGAGACUACUACAGUUACGAUAGCUUUGAGAUUUCAGACACUCAAUCUGAUCAAAAUGAUACAUUAUACGCGAUUGAGUAUCUCAAUUCCUUGGAAUUUCCAGGAUUGCCUUCUCAUAAGCUCACUCUCAAAGUUGGGGCCCCGAUUAUGCUUCUGCGAAACAUAAAUCAGAGAAAAGGAAAAUGUAAUGGUACCCGUAUGAUCCUAACCUACAUAGGCGAACGAGUGCUUAAUUAA